AUGUCAGCGCUCAGCAGUUCAGCCGCUGCCGCAGGCCCUGCCCCCUGGAGGAAUAACAGCCUGCUGCUGGGGGGGGGGCGGGACCCCCCUCUGUCCGACCAGGGAGAGACCAUCAUCGGAGUUUACCUGCUGCUGCUGGGUUGGUUGUCCUGGUUUGGAAACAGCAUCGUCCUCUUCGUCCUAUGCAGACAGCGAGCCACCCUGCAGCCCACUGACUACCUGACCUUUAACCUCGCCAUCUCCGACGCCAGCAUCUCGGUGUUCGGAUACUCCAGAGGCAUCAUCGAGAUCUUCAACGUCUUCCAGCACAGUGACUACAUCAUCUCCUCCAUCUGGACCUGCCAGGUGGACGGUUUCUUCACGCUGCUGUUCGGCCUGAGCAGCAUCAACACUCUGUCAGUCAUCAGCGUGACGCGCUACAUUAAAGGCUGUCACCCCAGCAGAGCUCGUCACAUCAGCAGGUUCAGCGUCUCCAUCUGUCUGCUUCUCAUCUGGAUCUCAGCUGGAUUCUGGUCUGGAGCUCCGCUGCUCGGCUGGGGGAGCUACAAAGACCGUGGAUACGGGACCUGUGAGAUCGACUGGGCGAAGGCGGUCUCGUCGGGGUCCUACAGGUCUUACAUCAUCAGCAUCUUCGUGGUGUGUUUCUUCGUUCCGGUUCUGGUCAUGUUGUUCUGCUACGUGUCCAUCAUCAACACGGUGAAGAGAGGGAACGCCCUGACGGAGGGGGACCUCUCAGACCGCCAGAGACAGGUGGAGAGGGACGUCACCAUCGUUUCCAUAGUGAUCUGUACGGCAUUCAUCCUGGCAUGGUCGCCGUACGCUGUCGUGUCCAUGUGGUCCGCCUGUGGCUUCCACGUGCCCAACCUCACCAGCAUCUUCACCCGCCUGUUCGCCAAGUCUGCCAGCUUCUACAACCCGCUCAUCUACUUCGGGCUCAGCUCCAAAUUCCGUAAGGAUGUGGCUGUCCUGCUGCCCUGCACGCGGGACGCCAAGGACACAGUCCGGCUGAAGCGAUUCAGGCCGAAGGCCGACGCCCACGGCAGGCUGAGAGGUCCUCUGAACCGGACGGAGAAGAAGUACUCGCCCAUGAACCGGCCUGACCCCAGUCUUGGCCCGGACGCCGCCACAGGGAGCCCGCCCCACACGCCGCCGCCCGCAAACAAGGAAGUGUUUUACAUCAACAUGCCCCGCCCCUCUGAGACCAGCCCCGAGUUUGAAUGUGAGAGACUCUGAGAACCUCUCCAGAUCUCGGCGUGGACGGACCGUCACUCAGGAGAUCGCCACAAACUGACAGUUCAACUCAAACCAGCCGACCAGAAUGCAUAAAAACUUUCGUUAAAGUGACGAGCUGAGAAGAAGACGUUACUUACGUCACAACUGAAGACCACAGGGAAACAAUAAACAAAUAAAUAAUAUAAUAUUAUUAAAUAUAAAUAACAUAAAUAAUGUAACUAGAUCGGCUGAGUCGUGACUUGGAAACAUGGCUGAACGAAUGCUGCCAUGGCAACAUUAAAAUGUGAAACAUUUAUAUCAAUGUGUUUAUUUCUAUUUCAGAUUCAUAAGAGGUUAUUACAAGUUAUUUCAGGUUAUUAAAAAUUAUUACAGAUUAUUACAGGUUACUACAGGUUAUAUUACAGGUUAUUACAAGUGAGUAUAGGUUACUAC